AACGUUUUUAUAUAAAUUUUUACAUAAAGUAAUAAAAAAAAUAAGAGAAAGUUUGUUAUAAUAUAAUAUCGAAACCAGUUUUCACUCUUCGAUAGCAGUGGUUAUCAAAGAUGUCUGUAUUAAAAGUCCACUACUUUUUAUGGUUCGGAUCCCUGAGUGGUAUUAUGCCAUUCGUGGCCGUCUUCGCCACUCAACACAGUGUGGCCAACACUGAAGACAUCGGAAUUUUAUACUUUGUUCUGCCAUUCAUUGUCUCAAUAUUCAAACCCCUCUUCUGUUCGAUAGCCGACAGAAACAAUUCACAUAAAAAAGUCUUAAUAUUUUCAAUCAUAGCAACCAUUUUGGGUUAUGGACUGCUUUUAUUGAUAAUAUAUGUCAAUUUUGGUGUCUUCUCGUGGUAUAUGUUUUGCAUAUUAAUACUGAUCGCUAACUCUGGACAGGGAAUCGUCAUCUCUCUCAACGAUUACCUCGUUAUGAAAGAAGUGACACGACUUAACCGAAACUACGGCGCGUAUCGUGUCUGGGGUACAGUCGGUUGGGGCGGCUUUGGGGUAAUCGCCGGCAUUGUUAAUCAAUACAUCACUAAAUUACCAUUUCUAUUGCCCGGCCUAUUGAUGUUUCGGAAACCACUUUCGGUGGUAUUGAAGGCCCCAUUCAAAGCCUCGUGGAAAGCAGUGGUACACGUGUUUCAUAUAUUCCGAAACAAUCCAUCGCUAAUUCAAUACAUAGUGAUUGUGUUAAUCUUCGGCGCAUUGACUGCCUUUCACUGGUCUUAUUAUUUCAUAUACUUGGAGAAAAUCCGUGGCAACGACUCUCUCCUCAUGGGUUUGGCGCUAUUCGUCGAGUCAUUCGCCGGAGAGCUUCCGCUCUUCAUUGUAGCCAAUGUUAUACUUAGAUAUUGCGGGCCUUCGAUGUCACUCAACAUAAGUUUGGCCGCUUUCGCCUUCAGAUAUUUCAUCUACGGCUAUGUUUUCACUGUCGGCACCACUUAUUGGGAUAUUUUGCUCGUAGAAGUGGUUCAGGGUUUGACUUUCGGACUGUUUUAUACAGUGAUGACAGAUUUGGCUCAACAUUACGCCACUCAAGAAAAUCACCGGAUUUUGGCGGCGAGAGAAGCGAUCAAAGAGAUGGCAGAUAAAGACACGGAAGCCGUUGACGAGACAAUCGCCGUUAAUUCUGUGGACGAUCUGACGUCUAGAAGUUACGCAACAUUACAGGGCAUUAUGUCCGGCGCUUUCGAGGGCAUAGGGCUGGGCAUCGGGGCUCUGGCGGGAGGGUAUCUGAUCAAUAGGAUAGAUGUGUUUGCCAUCUGGAAAGUGGGCGCAUUCCUCGCCCUCUUUGCCAUUAUAUUCAAUGUUAGCGUCGAAGCGAUUAAAUAUGUUUACAACAAAAGACAUGUCAAAUAG